GGAGGACAAGAAGGAGGGCGUGACGGUGAAGAGGACGUGGAGCGGCGGGAAGCGCCGUUGGGACAAGAAGCAUUACUGCGUGUUCUGCCGACGGCCACAGGUGAAGAUCGCACGCCACCUGCUGAGGAAGCAUGCCGACGAACAGGAAGUACUGGCUGCCAGCACCCUGCCGACAGGCUCCAAAGAACGCCACCUGCUGCUGGAGCACCUGCGCUGCCGAGGCAACUAUCUACACAACAUCGAGGUGAUCCGGCAGGGCACUGGUGAGAUUGUGCCAUGGCGUCAGCCCUCUGAGGAUGUGGAUGCGAGGAACUACCUGCCGUGCCCAUUGUGUCUUGGAUUUUUCCUUCGUGCUGACCUGUGGAAGCAUCAGGUGUCGUGUCGCAAGAAGCUCGCCAUCAACCCGUCCAAAGCCGAGGCGAACGCUGACCCCGCCAACGACGCCACCUCUGGUUCCACAAGUAAGUUGCCCUGUGAUGUCACCAGAGAGGACAUACCUGAGGAUUCCCUUGGUGAGACUGCAGAGACCGGGACCAAACAGCUUAUGACCUCUGACCCAAGUGUCGAUCAGAACACGACCUCUGACCCCGCUGUGAACCGAGCCAGGAAACGGACCAGAGUGCAGGCAGCAGCGUCGCGGCCCCUGCCGAUCUCCAGUGGAGCGUCUGAGAGCUGCAGUGAAAUCCUGCAUCGCAUGAACCAAGAUAAUGUGUCUUACGAGGUGAAGUCUGAUUGGCUGAUCUGUAAGUAUGGCAACAAGCUGAUGGGGAACCAGGAUAGUGGUCAGAGGAGGUACGACUACGUAAGCCAGAAGCUCCGGGAACUUGGCAGGUUGCUCCUGGCCGCUAAAUCCCUUGACUCCGGCGUCCAGAGCCUGCAGGACCUGCUGGCCCCAGGUCGCCUCAGCCUGGCGCUGUCCGCGGCCAGGAAGGCAGCGGGAAACAGGUGGAGCCGCCCUCCACUGGCGGUGAAAACAACACUAAAGACAGUCUGUGAGAUUGCUAUUGGAGAGAGCCUGCAGGACGGAGACUGGGAGGCUGCCGCCAAGACCACCGACUUCUACCACAUGCUGGGCCGGGAGUGGGACAACCUGGGCCUGCAGAACCCAGAUCCAGCUGCUACAGAUGGAGGAACUAAACCAAAGAAACGACCUGUCCAGAUAAGACUGGACAACGACCUCAGACAAGAAGUUCUGUCAAAGAGCUCUAACAAACCAGUGACCUCUGCGAUUCCACCUGAAGCCAGAAUGCAAACAUCUGUCUCAGUCCCUGUGGCUCCCAGGAAGGUCCGACGGCGGCCAUGGUCCUCUGCAGAGAAGGAGGCCAUCUGGAGGCAAUUAGGAGUCCAUGUUCUGGUCCAGUCCGUACCAGGUAAGGAGGUCUGUCAGCGCUGUCUGGACUUAGAACCAGUCCUCAGGGGGCGGCACUGGAAGGACAUCAAGAACCAGGUUCACAACCAAAUCCAGAGCCAAAAGAAGCAGCAGUUCCACGCUCAGAUGGAACUCGAGAAGAACCAGGAUCACCAAGACCAGCUCCAGAACCAGAAAAAGCCAGAGCAGCAGCAGUACCAGCCUCCAGUCGAUGAACAGGGAAAAGACCACCGUCUGAACCAGAAGAAACCACCAUACCAGUCCCAGAUGGACCAACAUGAUCCGGAUAUUUCUCGGAAUCAGAAGAGAUCACAAUACCACAUCAGCAUACACCACCAGGCCCAGGAUAGCAUCCAGAACCAGAAGAAACAACAGGAGCACGCCCAGCUGGAUCACCAGGACUAUCUACACAACCACAAGAAGCAGCUGUGUACCCCUAGAGUGGACCACCAGGACCACAGCCAGGUCCAUAAGAAGCAGCUGUAUCAGAUGGACCAGCAGGCCCAGCCCCUGCAGACCCUGGACCAGGAAACGUCUCUUCUAACCAUCACAACCUACAGACCUGAUGGGUCAAAUCGAGCUCCUGGACAUUUGCUGCUUGAGCGGGAGCACAACAUUACAACCUACCCAGUUCUGCACAGACCACCGGGACCUCACAUGGACCAGCUGCUGCCCAGAAUAGACUGGGCCGAGGAUGCUCCAGCCCCGAACUAUCCUAUCAGCAGGCCACUGGGCAGGACCCUGCUACAGGAUGUGCCCCCAGGAGGACCACCCUCUGACCAUGUACACUUCUGACCGGUCCAGGUCUAGAGGACUUAAUGAUAGGUUGGCCCUUCUCAAAGGGUGCAUAUCAGAUUUGGUAGUAAAAAGACCUGCUUUUAUGAUAACACAUGUAAACCUUUCUUAGAAGGUCCUUGGAUUUCCUGUGUGAAAUUAGUAUUUGCCUCCUACAGGACUAUAUACCCUAUACUAUAUACCCCCCCCUCCCCCGUAUGUUCUGGCAAUUCCAAUGGGUCUGGUUCUGAUAUGUCAGUCUGGUCAGGAGAUGAACCUGGAUCCUGGUUGAGGUGCUGUUAGAUAGGUGAAACAGUUCAGCUGUGAUGUACCUGAGUUAUACCGACUACGUGCCAGUGCCUGAUCUUAUUAUAAAAGGCGGGUACCAAAAACCAAAACCAGCACCUUAGUGGUCCAGUGUUGGCCUUUGAUGUUACCUGUUCUGGGAGGAGCUCCUGCUGAAAGAUCACAGAUGGUAGGGUCAGUCGUCAGAUACUGUCUUCCAUAAUCAGAAUUUGCCCCAAAUGUAUCUUCAUAGGAAGAUUCAUAUGAAGCAGCCCACAGCUCUACGUCUUAAACCUGUAGAACGGUGGGCUGGUUCUCUGAAGACGCUGAGGCAGAACCAGCUCUGUGUGAAAGAGCUAAUGAAGGGAUCAAGGCCCUUUGCCCUCAUUUAACCAUAAAGGUGUUUAAAGUUCUCUGUAUGUUUAGUGUAUGGUUCUCCUCACACUCCUCUGUGUGAUGAGCACUGGGGCACAACCCCUGACAGAGCGGCCAAACAGGUGGUUCUAAACGGUUCCUGCAGGUCCCUGGGAGUCCUGGUCUGUGGUGGUCCUGUGAUGGUACCACUGCAUCCUAAAAAUAGCAAGUUGUCAUGUCACAGGCUUAUUCCAGAAAGGAUGACAUUCAUUUUGACCUCAGUAUUCUACACACAGUACUGAAGAAGCUUCUCGGAUGAGAGGUGAAACGUCUUCAAGUAACUUAAAGAAGUCCAGACGCUUUUCUUUGCAAGCUCCUUAGACUACACACAGUACUCCAAAUCAAAAUUCUUAAAUGUUUAUUAAAACAUUUAAGAGAAAAAUAUAACACAUGCACAGGUAUUCUCAGCCUUUGUUAAAAUAUGUUGUUCAAGCACUUUUUGUCCGCAGUUACAGAAGAUCAGUGUUGGGCAGGGUUUUAAUAGUUUUGCACGCACACAUCAAUGAAAACUAAACACACUUUUGCUAUAAAGUCAGUUAAUUUUAGU